AAAUGGGGGAAAGGAUUCCUGCGAUGCAGCAGAGCAGAGAUUGCAGCAGCAGCAGCAUCCCUCAGAAAUACACACCACCUUCUGCAAAGCAAUAAACCACCCAUCGCCUGAAGCCCACCAAAACCGGGAGGCUUGGAAAACCUCUAUCACAAGCCGAGAUGAAGAAAUGCCUCCUACCUCCCCAGGUAUCAGAAGUUCUGCUCGCCUUCAGAGAGGUAUAAGUACUGAGAUUCCGGGGAUGUAAGAAAUACAGUGCUGUGUCAUGCAGCUGACAGGUCUGCUGGAGGAGCUGAUGGUCACAGCCGGGACAGAAAGUCUUCAUUAAGUAAAACAGAGUAAACUAAUCACGGAAAGUUGGAGCUGUUUGCAAGAUCUGUUGAGUUUUGACAGCUCACCCUGUCAAAAAAGCCAUCGUUUGGGACGGCAGUGUGCUGCCCGUGGCUGUGAUGGCUAGCAAGAGAAAAUCAACAACUCCCUGCAUGGUGCGAACUUCAGAAGUCAUGGAGCAGGAAGGCGCUGAAGCCACAGAGGUUCCUAAAGAGAAGGAGUCUGGCGCACCACAGCAGGACUCUCAAAAGAGCUGGCCUUCAGAAAGCUCAGUCAAAGACUGCGAAGUGGUCGAGGCAAAGCCCCCAGCUGAAAGUCAAUCCAAGAAGCCCCAGGGUGGUUAUGAGUGUAAAUACUGCCCUUACUCAACACAAAACUUAAAUGAAUUUACAGAGCAUGUUGACACUCAGCAUCCAAAUGUCAUUCUGAACCCCCUGUAUGUCUGUGCUGAAUGCAACUUCACAACCAAAAAAUAUGAUUCUUUAUCUGACCACAACACAAAAUACCACCCGGGGGAGACUAACUUUAAACUGAAAUUAAUUAAGCGCAAUAAUCAGACUGUGUUAGAGCAGUCUAUUGAGACCACUGCUAACGAUGUCACUGUCACAAGCGGUGGGCUAGAAACUGCAGAGUGUGAUGAUUCACUUCAUGGGGGAAUUAGUGCAAAUAAAACACCAAUGAUGAAACUGGGAAAGCCUAAAGGGGAAACCAAGAAGGGACCCAAAAAGCCAGAAGAGGGAGUUAUGGAAAACCAUGUGGACAGUACUCUCCCCCGUAUCAUAACUGAAGCCACCGAAGCUAUUGCUUGUAUAAAUGGAGACCUUCUCCAUGAUGUGCUAGCCCAUGUUAUGCCCUCUGUGCAGCUGCCACCAAAUAUUAACCUUGUUCCCAAGGUCCCGGUACCUCUGAACAGUACCAAAUACAACUCUGCACUGGACACUAAUGCAACCAUGAUCAACUCCUUUAAUAAAUUUCCUUACCCAACACAAGCAGAAUUGUCAUGGUUGACAGCAGCAUCAAAACAUCCCGAAGAACAAAUCCGAAUCUGGUUUGCCACGCAGCGUUUGAAGCACGGUAUAAGUUGGUCUCCUGAAGAAGUGGAGGAGGCGAGAAAGAAGAUGUUCAAUGGUACCAUUCAGGCAGUUCCCCAGACCAUCACCGUCCUGCCAGCUCCUUUGACAACUGCAAAAAUGCCCCAACCCAUCAUCCAGACAGCUUUGCCUUGUCAGAUACUGGGCCAGACUGGUCUGGUUUUGACUCCUGUGUCAAAUGGUUCAACUGUUUCCUGUUCACCAAUUACACUUGCUGUUGCCCCAAACCAGGGGCAGAAGAGGGCAAUACAGACGUUAUCAAGUGCCCCAGAGGCCAAGCGUCCUCACGUGGUUCAGGUGCCUGAGAUGCCUGCCAAGCUGACUGCUGUACCCUUGACACCAGCCAGUGAGCGAAAGAAGACAAAGGAGCAGAUAGCAGAGCUGAAGGCCAGUUUCAUGGCAAGCCAGUUUCCUGACGAUACAGAAGUCUACCGGCUGAUAGAGACAACAGGUCUUUCCAGGAGUGAGAUCAAGAAGUGGUUCAGUGACCAUAGGUACAGAAGUCAAAGGGGUAUUGUGCACAUCCCUGGUGAUGCUUUAGGGAAGGAUCAAAUAGCACCUUCAGCUGGUCGACACAGCCGCUCAUUUCACCCAUACACAGAUUUUGCUCCUCAAAGAUUCAAAGAGAAAACUCAAGAGCAGCUUAGGGCCCUUGAGGAGAGCUUCCUAAGAUGCUCUUUUCCUACCCAAGGAGAAUUGGACAGGCUUCGAGUAGAAACUAAGCUGAGUAGGAGGGAGAUAGAUGCAUGGUUCUCUGAGCGGAGAAAGAUAAGGGACAGCAUGGAGCAAGCUGUCUUGGACUCAAUGGGAUCAUAUAGAAAAAUUAAGGAGCAAGGAACUCCCAAUGGUGCAAUAAGCCAAGCAGAAUUGCUGAGUAGCUCUCAGCUCCCUGGUGCUUUAUCUGGAUCCUCCACCACGUUGAAGAAAACUCAAGAGCAGAGUCACCUGCUGAAAAGCACAUUCGCAAGGACCCAGUGGCCGUCGCCCCAAGAAUAUGAUCAGUUAGCAUCUCAGACUGGGCUCACAAGAACUGAAAUCGUUCGCUGGUUCAAGGAAAACCGGUCUUCACUAAGAACAGGGUCUCUUAAAUGGAUAGACCAGUACCAGAAGCAGUAUGUUGUUGAUGGCAAUAAUGAGCAAAGCCAGAAAAAGGGCUCAAAACACACGGAGAGUGCAAAGAAUGGUAAUGAGGUGUCUCGGCAGCAUUACCAGGAGCAUAAAAAACUGAAUGAAGAGAAUGGGGGGAAACCAGUGGUGAGAACGAAAAGAGACUGCGAACCACUGAAAGACUCUUUGUUGGGGAAUCAAGUGGAGGGAAUGGACAGGCUGGAGUGCAACAGCCACGACGGCCACGGCAGCGAGGAGAAUGAAGAGCCAGCGGAGGUCAACUGGGUGGAGGUGACGGUGGGUGAGGAUGAUGCUGCAUCGGACUGUACAGACAGCUGGAGCCAAACGGCACCCGAGGGCCAGGCAGAGCUGGCGGACUUUGACUCUGAAAGUAUAUCUGGAGAAAAUGCCCACGUAUAGACAGGGGUACUCCUCAGCUGCACUGUCCCGAUGAUGAAGGGGAAAUGCUGUCUGGAAAUAGAAGAAAACUCUAUUUUCCUGCCUGGGGUGAGGUAGCAUGUUGCGACUCCAAGUCUCAAACCCUGCUUGUGGAGGCACAGCAAGAAAUACUCUUACAGAGCAUCAUCAUGGGAUCGUUUAUAGUGCCAAAGUCCUACUACUGCAUAAAGAAAGAAAGAAAGAAAGAGAAAAGGGUCCUUGUACAUAAGUUUCUCCUUUGCUUUUCUCCUACCCACUUUCCUGCCGAGGCUCUUCCUCUUCUGGACCAGAUUUGUACAACAUGGAGAUUUUGUUAACUUUUUAAUAGGUGCAAGUUAAUCUUGCAUAUAAUGCCACUGCAAAAUUUGGGGUUGGGUUGGGGGAGGGAGGUAUCUUUUGUGGGGAAGGGAGAGGAGAUUUCUGUUUCCCUAAAGUGUUUUAAGACAGAGUUUUGGAGUCCUGUUGGUGCAGAUCAGCAUCUGAGCCCAGAUCCCCAGCCCAGUUUACAUUUCAGCCCACAUAAAAGUGUUACAGGGUUGAGGAGGGUCCUUCUGGAGUGGUUGGGAUUUGGGUUUUUUCUUGUUGUUUUGACUUGUUUUGUUUUAUGGCCACCAGCUACUGGUUGAGUAUUUAAAUCUCUUGCUUUUCCAUGUUCCUUCAAGGCGAGUCUUCUCUCACUCCCAUACUUCACAAGCCAGCCCCAGCUGUGGGUCUCUGAAAAUUUGGCUAGGAUGCCUUUUUUUGUUUGGUUUUUUUUUAGCACUUUUUGUUCAGAAACGCAGAACAGCCCCCAGAGGGGUUGCAGCAAGGAAAUUAAGAUGCUUCAUGAUCUGAACUUGGUUUGUAUUUCUUUGGCUGGUACAAUGAUGGACGCCAUAGGCAGCAGCCUGCCCUCCAGCUUUAGAUGUUGUAGCGCACAAAGACGUUUUUGAUUAACCCUUGCCACUAAAUUUUUUAGGUCAAUCCUAGGUUGCCGAGUGCACUUUUCCUACCAAUACUGCUCUUUUGGGGUUGUGUGGAGGUGUCUGUCCGUGCACGUGUGAGGAGGAGGAGGAGGGAGAUGGGGAUUGUGGGUGCAUAGGCGAGUGGGUGCUAUUGCCGUCUGGUGCGUUCCUCUGACGAGCUGGGUUCAGAAACCUUGCCCACCUUUCAGUACACUGCACAAAUAGGAUGCUAGGGAGUUUGAAUAAAUCCAACUUUUCUAACUUGUUGCUCAUUUGUUGUAACUCAAUAAAACAAAGGCUGAACAUUUUGGUAA